AUGAUGUCUGAAGACUACCGGUAUCAGCUGCAGUUGCAAAAUGGCGAUGCUCACAUCGAAUUUUAUUCUGCCAUCUUCAACAUGGCCCUAAUUUCCAUUGAGAACAUCUUGGUUGGCGUGGGUCGUGAGCAACUUCAUACGUACAGAUUCCCUCUGCUUGACAGGAGCGUUGGAAAUCAGCUCCUCACUGAACUGCAGCGUGAGGUUUGCUACAAUGUUAUCGAGCUGGCAGCAUAG